AUGGCACUUUACUCAGACUGGCAGAGAAUCCAUCCAAUCUAUGGUGUGCCUAUUGCAGCCGUGGAAGCCACUGAGCAGCCAUCGAUUCAGUGCAACCUCGUUCGAGACAAUCAGCCCCUUUUGAAAUCAUCUAUCACGAUCUCAACGUGGCUCAACACUAACUAUUUAUUGUGGCUUUUGUGUGCCGGCCAUGCCGAUAGUGGUAUCGACGAACAGUGGACAAUUGCUUUCGAGAGUAAACAUCGAUGGUGCUGGAACGAGAUUCAAGCAAGAGUCCAGGAAAUCGACGGACCUUACAGAUUCGGACUGGUCGUUCGUCCACCUCCCGUAUUCAGCGCUGUCAUCACCCACAUAUACGAAAAUGACCCUGUGAAUUACAGUUUCAGGAUUUGCGCCGAGGAUUGCCCAAGUUAUCUCGCUCCUCCGGCAACUGAAAUGCCUCGAAAUGGCGUAUGGGGAUUCUGGCAAUUCCUGGCUGAACGUGAAGCCUUUUUCCCUGAUAUCUUUAAUGUAGUCCUUGAAACUUGGCCGACGGUAGCUUCCUCAUUGCCAUAUUCGACCUCUUUCGAGCCUUCGUCCUUGUCAUCCCCGUCUUUGUCCGUUGAAACAUUGCCAACUUACUCGCGGUCCUCGUCGCCUCCGCCCUCAUACUCAGAAUACUAA